CAUGCAAAAAAAAACCUUAGGCUAAAGACAAAUUUUAAAGAAAGUUGCUUUGCUCUUGUUGGCUGCAUACAUGAUAAAUUAUAUAAAUAUAGUCUUUCUUCCAAAAGAAACAUAAAAUGGAUUACAAAGAAGAGCAAACUGGAGAGUUUGAAGCAUUAGAAGCUAUUUUCUCAGAGGAACUUACAGUGUUAACCACAGAUCCAUAUUCCUUUAAAGUGGCUAUUAGAUGUUCAAAUGAAGAUACGCGAGAUGAGCAUAAAGUUGUUGUAUUUGCAGAUCUAAAGUUUACAUAUGUAGAUGAGUAUCCUGAUCAAAAGCCUAUCAUAGAAAUUGAGAACACAUCAGAAAACUUGACAGAAGACAGAAUUAAUGCGUUACAGUCUCUGCUCGAAGAACAGGCAGAGGAGAAUAUCGGAAUGGUGAUGAUAUUUACACUCGUCUCGACAGCACAAGAACAGUUAAAUAAUAUAAUUGAGGAUAUAAAACAAGAAAUACAAGAUGAAAAAGAUCGCGCAAAACUCGAACAACAACGUCUAGAUGAAAUUAAAUAUAAAGGAACGCCGGUAACGUUAGAAAACUUCUUAGCGUGGAAAAUAAAAUUUGACCAAGAGAUGAUUGCAUGUGGGAAAAGAAAACAGCAAGACGAAAAUAAACUUAAAAAAUUGACUGGCAAACAAUUAUUUGAAAGAGACUCCACGUUAAAUGAAUCUGAUAUUCAGUUUAUAAGUGAAGCUGGUGUCAAAGUCGACGAAUCGUUAUUUCAAGACCUAGAUGAUUUGGACUUAGAUGAAGACUUCGAUGAAUAAAAAUAAUGUCAGAAUGAAAUAUUGCUGUUCUAAUUUUUAAAUAAGAUUUUAUACUUAGUUUAGUGUGAGCUCUCCAACACGUUAAUUGUACAGCCUUUUGCGGUCUUAAAAAAAAAGAUAGAUGCGAACUGCGCAACAUAUUUUUGCGAUUGGAAAAUGUCGCGGAAAAAAUGCGAAACUGAUGUAUUUAUUUGGAAGGCUUUUUUCCGAAAAAGAGUUAGCUUAAUUUUGAUUUGAUUAUUUUGCGAAGAAAAAUAAUCGCAGAAAGAAGUGUAUUCAAGAACGUAAAGUAUAUCACGAUAUAAUAUCAAAUCCUGAAUAAAAUGCAUUAUU